UAUACAUUAAUGUCUAUUUGUUAUUCGUUAAAAUCGAAUUUUUGGUUAAUUCGUGAACGAGAUACGAGAAAGUGCAUUUGACGAAAGUUUUGUCGACUUCUCGGCUCAUCGGGCUACCGGAAUCCGAUUUUUAUCGGUUAUAAUGUACAGAUAAUGAUAUCUCCAUCUUCGUCUUACAAUGAAGAGCUUUUGAAUAGCGCUUAUGCAAAUAUCAGUUUGAUCGCCGACAAGACCUGGACUUUCGAUCCCGAGGAUUCCUUCCAAAAGUUAAAUCAUUCCCUCUGGAUUCAAGUGAGAUGCGCAACAGAUACUUUCAAGUACCCCGUAGAUAUCCAAAGUAUCACAUUUUAUAUAUGUAUCUUCGAACAUUCUAGUUGCGAAGUAACCGCGAAGUACGAGGAAUAUGGUGAUUAUCGUCCAAGACUCGUCCGAGACGUCAUCUCCGAAUCGCGCUUGGCGAAAUACGGUAAUUACGAGUACGACGAGCAGCAUGAAAGAAUGUACAGGCCGGACGACGGUAAAUCGUCGGGUAGCGUGCUUUGCCACUUCCGUUCAGCUACAGAGGCUAUGGAGCCGUGGAUGCUUCCUGAAGUUCAAGAACACUUCGCCCGUAUGUUCCAUUUGCAAAGCUCAGCAAUACAAAUACUGAAGUGUAACACCACGAAGAAGGAAAAUGAAAUUGUCGCUUGCUCAAAUUUCCCAUUGGAUUGGAACGAGAGCUCAAAAAAACGACGUCAAAAAAUCAGUCCAAAAGGGAGCAGAAAAAUUGGAUUGCAUAAUGAAUUAUUUUCGACUCAUAAAUCAGACGAGGGUGAGCCUCGUGAAAAAUCAAUCAGAACGUUUGCUCGUCAUCGACGAUACACCAUCGAGACUGCCGCGGAAAUACAACUGCAGUCUCGCAUCGAAAGCGAUAUGGUGCGCGACAUAUGGAAUCCGGAGAAGUUUCAACAAAAGCAACAGCGAUGCCCUCAGCAGAUUCAGCAGUUGCAUGUCGCGCGACAAACGCAGCCUACUGUCCAACAACAUCAGCAAUUCUACUGCGCGUUGCAGUAUCAACCCUUAGUCCUGAGAGCGGAAUACCAGCGGAAGCCGUCUCUACCGCCGAUUGCUUACGGUCUGAACAGCGACAAGGAGCGCAAGACUUGCCAGAUACGCUAUUUUCCGUCGUUGACCGAUAGAAAUUACCAGAACGAGUUGUUUCCUUACAACAGGCCGCAGCACGAAACCGCGGCGACCGUUUUUCCAAUAAAUAAUACUAGAAUGUCCAUACUACCAGCGACAGAGACGAAUGUGUUUCGUUCGCCUCAAGAAUGGAUCCAGAGAGUAGCACCACCCAUACAGUUACAGUUGACAUCUUCCACGUCACCUUUGCCGAUUUGCACGUCGUUACAACCUUUUCAUGACACUGCGAUUACUCAUCAUCCUUUGCAGAUAUACGAGAAAUUUUUACCUUGUACUCAGCCAAAUUCAAUGACACCCAUACCUGUGUAUCAGCGACCAAUAGAAUUAUAUCAGGAGCCAGUAACAAAACGAAAAAGUCAAGGAGUCGACUUCAAUAAUCUUAUUCUAUUGACAAAGAAUACCAUCAAGACUCAACGUGGUCAUUCAAAGGUUGCUAUUCAGCAACCUUUUCUUCUGGAUUCUAGACAGAACCUGAAGACUUCUGGUCAUAAUGUGCAAGUGCAGUGGUUCAAUAGGGAUCAUUGUGUAAAGAAACCAAAGGAGGUCGUGACUAUGAAUACACUCGUGUCCGAAUUACGCAGUUUUGAAGAGAAAUAUGAAUAUUGUAAAGGAAUUGACACCAAUUGGAGGCCAGCUGAAUCAUCGCAAAAUAAACAAGGAUCAUCCGAAAAUUCGUUUCGGUCGAAGAGUAAAAUUUUUGGAAAAAAAAACUCAAGAUACAAGUCAAAGGACAGACUCUUAGGAAAUGAAAGUUCAAAGAUCAGGAUUAUGGAUGUUGAAGAAAAGGAUAAUAGGAUAAAGCGGCCUCUUUACAGAGAUGUUCUGGCGAAUAUCUCGAGUGAGACAAAUCUGGAUAAUGUCUUCGAGAAGAGAUACGAUGAGCUUGAACAGCAAGCGAUGGAACAAUACAGGAACUCGGAGGAGUCGCUGGCACUCAGAUAUCAGGAAUUGGAACGUCAAGCGUUGGAACAAUAUAGAAAUAGUAAUACCGUAGACGAAAAGCGGUCGAUAUCUUCUGAGGAUCAGGAUUGUCUCGAUGGACAAAGAUGCUCGGGGUAUGGGCAAUGCAGUCCUCUGAAAGAACAUCCAGAAAGAAAAAGUUUUUCUCUUCCACAAAUCACUUUGUUGAAGCCAAAGGGUAAAUCCUUGCCGAAUGUCUGUCACGGAUCAUCGAGUAAUGAUAGUAAUCGACAGGCAGCCAUCGUUUCAAGAAGUUUAUCCACCUUAGUUGACAGAUCGUCGAAGGAAUCGAAAAACCUAUGUAGGGGUGCAUCAGGAGAUAAAAUCAAUGCGAGUGUCUCAGUUCGAACAUCGUCGAAACGGCGUCUGAUACUGAUGUCACCCUUCGAGCGUAAAUCAGAAGCCAGACGAAUAAUAAAAGCGACGGAAUUGCGAGCUAGUUGCUCGUUUUCCCAGACGAGGAGAAAUGUGCUUGACUACUAUCGGACCUCCGAAAUCGCUCAGAAUGGUAGCGGUGACGAAAAUAUAACGAUUGUACAGUCGCCCGGCAGUGAAGUUUGGUUGUCCGGAUUCUGGACUACUUAAAAGAAAAUCAAUCAAAGGAAUUUUCUUAAGAAAACUUGAAGGCUUUCCGUGACUCUGUCGCCAAAACGAUAUCAGACUCGAGCCGAAGAAAUUCUUCAGAACCAAAAAGCAAAUCAUGCUGGAGUAACGGUUAUACCUCGAGCCGCGAGGAC